UUUUUUUUAUUUUCAAAUUUUCAGAAAAAAGAAAGGGAAAAAGGAAGAAGAGGAUGUUCCAUUUCCUUCAUUACAGAAAGCUCCUCCAAAUUAACAUCCAAACACUCCAAAUCCAAUCCCUACAAAACCCAUUUCUAAAAUCCCAUUCCCAAAUAAACCCUCCUCCUUUCCUACAAUACCUCAAAAACUCAUGUGGGUUCUCACCAGAAAAGGCUCUAACAGUCUCCAAAAUGCGAAAACGCACCCCCAAGAGCCCAGAUUCUGUCCUCACCUUCUUCAAAUCUCAUGGGUUCUCAGAAGCUCACAUCAAAUCCAUCAUCAACAGAAUCCUGCAACUCCUCUUCGCCAUCCCCAAGUCCAGCUUAAGUCCCAAGAUCCAAUUCUUCAGAGAGAAGGGCCUCUCCGAAUCCGACAUCGUGGGCCUCAUCGUUUCGAAUCCCUACAUCUUGGCCUCCAGCCUCGAAAGACGUAUAAAACCCUUGUUUGAUUUCAUCCGCGGCUUUUUGGGCAAUGACAGAUUCGUGAUUGAAUUACUCAAGCGGUCUAUGUUUAGAUUUAAUCUACAGAGAUUGGUGAGCAAUGUGGCUGUUUUGAAGAAUUGUCGUGUCCCGAAUUGUCACAUUUCGAGAUUUCUUGUGAAACGACCUAUUGCAUUGAUGAUGCCAAACCCUUGUCAGUUUAAUGACAAGGUGAAGAUGGUUACAGAAAUGGGGUUCAUUCCUUCAACAUAUAUGUUCGUGGAGGCGGUCUAUAUGACGGUAAGUCUAAGCCGAUCGUCAUGGGAUAUGAAAUUCAAGGUGUAUAGGAGCUUGGGGUGGUCAGAUGAGGAGAUAUUGCUUGCCUUCCGGAAGCACCCAAGCUGUAUUAUGUUAUCGGAGGAGAAGAUUAGGAAGGGGAUAGAUUUCUUUGUCAAGGAGUUAGGUUGGAGUACUUCUUACAUUUUGAGCUAUCCGGUCCUUCUCUCGCUUAGCAUGGAGACAAGAGUCAUGCCCAGGUAUAGGUUUCUGCAGGUUUUGGAGUCAAAGGGCCUGAUUAGUAAUGAUACGAAGAAGUUAGCGUGGAGUUUUAAUAUGAGCCAGAAGCAGUUCUUGGAGAAGUAUGUGAUGAAGCACCAGGCAAAGGUUCCGGAGAUAUUGAACGUUUAUGAGGCCAUGAUCGAAUCAAAGGGACUGAGUAUCAAGAAUGGAGAAGGGUAUGAGAAGAACAACAACAAUCUCUUACAUGAGAAAGAAAAUGAGGGCUUUGGGAAGGUCUGAAAGAGAUCGAAUGAUAAUUGACCCAAUCCAUUAGCAUUCCUGUGUCAGCGUCUAUUAUUAGUGGAAUUAAAUUCCUAAUUUAAUUAUUAAAUAUCGAGUUGAGUUGAAUCGAGUGAUUGAGUCAACCUUAUCUUUCUAGAUAUUGAGCCGAGUUUUUGAGUUUUUAAACUGUCUGAAACAAAUCAAAGAAUAAUUAGUGACCACUUGAAGAAAAGUCAUAAUUGGUGCAAUUUUACAACUAUGGCCCACCCAAUGGUGGGUCUCGGGGGGAUCAAAGGAGUCAGAGAACAGUGUUUUAAAUAACUACGCCAUGUCGCAUGUAGC